AUGCGGAUGAGGCAGAUGGUGAAAUUGAUAUUCAGAACAUCCUUUCUGGGUUCUACUGCAAUUACACAUAGUAGCGAUUUCAGUGAAAGUGAGUGCAAGCGUGCCGCUCGAGGCGUUGGACGUAUGGUGCAAAAAAUCAUGGGUAAAUUAGCGGAUGUGGUUCGCAUUCGAAAUUAUCGCGUUUGCAAUGUACUGGCCACUUGCAAAAUGCCCUUUGGCAUUAAGGUUGAAGAACUGGCGCAGAAAUAUCCGGAAUGUUCGCAGUAUGAGCCGGAAUUAUCUGUGGGACUGGUAUGGCGCUCGACCAGCCCACGAGCCACUCUUCGAAUUCACACAACUGGCAGUAUCACUGUUACUGGCGGUAAUUUUAUUUCAUUAGAAAUAACGAAAAAACCAUUAGUCAUUAUUUGAUC